AUGGCCGAUCCAGCGGAUACCCGCGACCGCAACGAGGUACCAUCCCAUGACACUCCUGAUACCGUUAUGCAUGCUUCGAAUCAUCACAGCAAGAGGGGUUUCUCUGAAGGUUCCCACCACACAUCUAGUGGUAACGAUAGCCCGGCGAUGAUCGGUCAAGACAUUCGUCCGCUCAAGAGGGCACGGGUGACGACCGCCCAGCACAAUGAAACCUGUACUGCCAACAAUGCCGUCAGAUGCGCUUCUGGUACUGAAGAUAAUGGCGUCACGUCCACCGAAGAGGAUCCCAUUGGCACCUUGAAGACCAAAGCCGCACUUCUUCGCGAUCAGCAAAAGUUCGGCGAAGCCAGGGACGUUCUAGAACAAGUUCUACCCUUGGUUACUGGCCAGGCGCUGAUGGAAACCCUCACCGAUCUAGGAAGCCUGUGUGCAGACUUUGGAGACUUGGACUCGAGCAUGAACUAUCAUAACUUGGCAUUGAACAUGUACUUGGAUCAAUCCAACUCUCAGGCUGCAUGUGCCCCCUGCUAUGGCAACCUGGCAAUUGUGAACCUCCGACAUGUGGCAGCCAUUUAUCUUCGAUUCAACCGUUGUCAAGAAGCUCUCCUAUGCUACACCUUUAUCUACAAGAUCCAACAAGAGACCGUUAGAGCUCCCCUCCAAGAAAUGGCCUCGACGUUGAGCUGUAUUGGGCUCAUGCACUACCUCAUGGAACGGUUCCCAGAAGCCUUGAGAUUCUACCAAGAAGAGCUGCGACUACGUUUGCAGCUUCACGAUGGAGAUAUGGAACACGAAGACGUGGCCAUUGCCCUCAAUUCCAUUGGCAUUGUCUACUUUCAGUUGGAGAACCUCGAUCAGGCUCGUCAGUCCUUCCAAUCUUGUCUGCAGAUUCGGCAGAGAUUGCUCGGUGAUGGCUGCAGCUUCAACAAGACCGACGACGAUGACGCACAUGCAUCGUCGUCUCCCUCCAAGAUGACGAGUGAUCCUCAUUGCUGUUGCUACGACCUGGCCAUGGUGUACUUCAAUUUGGCAGCGAUUGCCAUGAAGCAAAGUGACGAUGACCAAGCCGCGCGGUUGUACCAUCGCUCCAUGGAACUCAAAAAGGCAGUCUUUGGUCCGCAUCAUCCCGAAAUUGCCGUGGACUAUCAGUACUUGGGACAGCUCUUUUUGGAUCACGGGGAUUCGCAAACAGCCAUUGAGUACUACACCGAAGCGCACAAGGUGGUUCAGAUUCUGGGAAACAGCGCGGCUGGAGACAACGGUAACCAACAAGCCAAGUCGGCGGCGCAAAAGCUGCUGGUGAUUAUUGGGAACAUUCACCUCUUGGACGCCAACGUGCAAGGCAUGAUGAGUAGCUUUCAGCAAGCUGCGAGGUUGGAAACAAGUGAGGAUAGCGGAAGGGAAUUCAUGGAACAAGUACGAGUCUUUGGGUAUCAUCUAUAUUCUAUUAGUCGCAUGCACCCUCCAUGUGCUGCAGAAGCCUAA